GGAAUCUUAUAUUCAUGGACGAAGGUAGUAUUUAAUAACUAGAUGGAGUAAAAGAGAGCAAGAAACAUUAGAAGAGAAAAGCACAAGAAACUAUAUUUUCAAGUGAAUAUGGAAAGCCUUUCUAAUUCCAUAGAGAAUAGUGUUGAAUGUGAGAGUAAGAGCAUAGAGAAUAGAGAAGAGGAAGAAAUUUUAGAGGAUGAAGAAGAAAGCUUCUCAUAUGCUAUGCAGCUUGCAGUCUCUGUUGCACUUCCCAUGGCACUUCAAGCUGCAAUUGAACUUGGUGUAUUUGAAGUGUUGCAAAAUGCUGGUAAAGGUGCUCGACUCACUGCUGAUGACAUUGUUUCCCGUCUUUCCAAAAUUAACAAUCCCGAAGCUUCCAAAAUGCUAGAUCGCAUUCUUGCUCUUCUUUCCUCUCACUCAGUGCUUAAGUGUUUUAUUGCUCCCAAUUCCUCUCAGAGACACUACUGCAUGACGGGUGUUGCCAAAUUUUUUGCUCCUAAUUUCGAUGGGUUUUCAUUAGCACCCUUGACUUCCUUGAAUAAUGAUAAGAUCAUAUUAGCUAGCUGGUCCCAUCUUAAAGAUUCAAUUCAGGAAGGAGAUACUCCAAUCAACAGGGCUCAUGGCAGCCAUUUCUUUGAUCUUCCCAGCUUAGACUCGAGGUUCAAUCAAGUUAUUAAUAAAGCAAUGAGCAAUCAUACAACUAUAGUCAUGAAGAAGGUUCUUGAAUGCUACAAAGGUUUUAGAGACAUAAAAAGUCUUGUGGAUGUUGGUGGUGGCCUUGGAAUAAACAUUAACAUGAUCACUUCAAAAUACACUCACAUUCAGGGAACCAAUUUCGACUUGCCUCAUGUCAUACAACAUGCUCCUUCCUAUCCUGGAGUGGAGCAUAUUGGCGGAGAUAUGUUUGAAAGCGUGCCCAAUGGUGAUGCCAUUUUUAUGAAGUGGAUGCUUCAUGAUUGGAAUGAUGAACGUUGCUUGAAACUUCUGAAGAAUUGUUAUGAUGCUAUUCCUGAUAAUGGGAAGGUGAUAGUUUUGGAGGCACUUCUACCUAUUAUGCCUAAGAAUGAAGUGGUUUGGAAAUCUAUCUCCCAAAUGGAUAUUCUCAUGAUGAAUCUUUUUUCAGAAGGCAAAGAGCGAACUGAGCAAGAAUUCAUGGAUUUGGCAACUAAAGCUGGAUUUCGUGGUAUCAAAUAUGAAUGUUGUACCUAUAACUUUUGGGUUAUGGAGUUCUUCAAGUAAAUUUACAACCGGGAUUUGAAAUUGUAAUUGUUUACCGAUGAGAUCUUCAUCGGUUGCUAUUUUUAGAGUGUUUUUAAUAAGUAUUAAUACAUUUUAUUAGUUUAGUAUUUAAUUUAGAGUCAUUUUAAAUAAAUUGCAAUUUUUGGUUUAUUGAGUCAAUCUGAGUGUUUUUC